AUGGAAGAAAACAAUCCAGCCAAUGAUUUGGUGUAUUUUUUAUCACAGAAGUCCCUUGCAGAUAACAUUAAACUAACAGCUUCUGAGUAUCUUCUGGGGCUAACUGGGUCUGAGGAAGGUAGAAAUUUUAUCGUACAAAAUAUAGGAGCUAAUAAAUUUGCAGAUUUGAUAGUAGACCUCAUGGCAGAGAAAAGUUCUGAUCUUCAACUACAAGCUCAUAAAUGUCUGGUAAACUUAUCUGCUGAACAUACAACUUAUAACAUGAUAGCAUCCGAUAAAACAUUAACCACUCUGUUUGAAAAAAUUAUUAAUAAUUCUUCAACUGAAAAAUCAAGAGAGAUUUCCGAGAAAGUUUCCAUGAGUUUAUCCAAUUUAGCACAUUGGAAAGAGGGUGCUAUCAAGAUAAUGAACUUUUUGAUGAAAAAUGAUAAUUCUAUGGUUUUGUAUAAGCUGAUUGAAAUUUUCUUUAACAAUUGCGCAUCAUUACAUCACCUGGCAUCUUUCUUCUCUAAUUUGACGCAACAAAAAGAGGCAAGAAAACUUUUCCUUGACAAAGAAAAGUUAAUCUUUCAAAAGCUACUAGCAUUUGUAUCCUUCAAAGAGUCAAAAAUAAGGCAGCACGGAAUAGUAGCAACAGUGAAGAACUGUUGCUUUGAAAUUGAUGAUCACUUGUGGUUGCUUGGAGAGCAGGUUGAUAUUCUGCCAAGACUCUUACUUCCUCUGGCUGGGCCUGAAGUAUUUGAUGAUGAGGACACUGAGAAGUUGCCAAUAGAGUUGCAGUAUUUGGAAGAUACAAAAGAACGUGAAAGUGAUCCAACUAUCCGAAAAAUUCUUAUAGAAGCCAUCAGCCAACUCUGCACAACCCAAGCUGGUAGGAAGAUAGUGAAAGAUGCCAACACGUAUAUAAUAUUAAGAGAACUACACAAGUGGGAGAAGGAUGAGGCGUGCAUAGAAGUUUUAGAAAAUUUGAUUUCAAUAUUAAUAUCAGAGGAGCCUGAGAAGGGAUUGGAAGAUUUAAGUAAAGUUGUUAUACCUGAACACAUUCAACUGAAUUUUUCUCGUUGA